CUGAGUGUUGUGUUGGUUGAUUGUGAGAGAAGUAGGGAAGCAAUAAAACCCUCGCCGACUUGUUCUUGAAUCCCUCUCUUCCGGUGAAGGCGGCGCCGAACUACUUCCGCCCUUGCACCCAAUUUCUCUUUGAUCUCAGAUGGGCGUGGAGUUAUUGAACAACGAGGUGGCUAUGGCCGACAUCGACGAUCCGUGCUUCAGUGACUCGGAGACCGCGGCUUACGUGAUUGAAGCACUUGAAGGUGUUUCCAAGGUUCCUAGUGUGAUAGCUCCCGCCGACAGAGACCAGUAUGACAACCUGCUAUGCAUCCUUGACCCUACUAAAGAGAUGCACUUUCAGGAUGAGGCUUUACUUGUGGUUGCUUUGAGGACACUCACACAAGCAGUGCAUAAAAUCGACCCUGUUUUCCAUGGGGAGCUUCUGAAUAAUAUUUUUGACAUGAGUGUUUGGAAAUAUGGGCCAGAUACAGUAAGCACAUUGCUGGAACUGAUCGCUUGUUUGGCUUCUGUAGCUGACAAGUUUCUAGAUACCUGUUUGCACAUGCUUGUUAAUAAUUUUGAACCGCAUCGGAGGUUAAAAAGUUCUAAUCAUCAACGAUCAUUGGCAAGAAAGGAAGAAGUUCACAGUCAGCUGCAUACGGUUAUGCACUAUAUUUCUGAGUUGGUGCCUCUUGCUCCCAUGAAGCUCAAGUAUAUUAUUGAUCUUAAAAUGCCAAAAUGUACUGACUCCAAGGAGGUUAUUAUAGUGUUUGUGGAUUGCAUGCUGGGGCUGGAGAAUGAUGAAAUUGGGGAAUUUCUUGGUGGUGCAUUGUUAGCAAAAGUGGUGGACCUGCUUACUGACUUAGAUGUAAACAUUAGUUGGGAGGACAUUCUACAAGAAGACACUAACAAAGGAAUUUUUGACAUGGAACUGGAAGAUGUUGAGGAAAAUGCAGAUGGUUUAAUUGGCAGAAAGUCUGUGGAAGAAUACGGAGUUCUUAAUGGUAAUGCAUUUGCUGAUAAGCUGGAUGGCUUGAUGGUGGCUGUGUGCAAACAUCUGACAAUAUGGGCAUCUAAUGGUCGCUUAGAGGCAGUGUUUGCAAAUCUUAAAGAAGCCUUUCGAAGAAGUGUGUUGAAUGCUUACAAGUCAAAGUUUGCACAGUUUGUGAUGUUUUAUGCCUGUUCAUUGGAUCCUGAGACAUGUGGCCAAGAGUUUGCUUUUAUGCUUCGAGAUAUAUUUCUUUCAAGAACUGAAACUCCAAUUUCUAGAAUGAGUGCUGUUGGGUAUCUUGCUAGCUACUUGUCUCGGGCAAAGUUCAUUUCAACUUCUCUGGCGGUAGACAUACUAGAAAGCUUAAUGGAUUGGUGUUUUGAGUAUUGCCAAUGUCAUAAUGACCCAGAGAAAAUAAUCAACCCAAAAGCUAAUCGAAUCUUCUAUGCUGGAUGGCAGGCUGUGAUGUAUACCCUUUGCUUUCAUAUGAGAUCCAUUGUCGAUGAUCCUCAGCUCAAGUCAAAGCUAUUAGGAAUGCCCUUGCAACCAAUUCUUCAUCAUGCAUUAAGUCCUUUAAAGGUUUGUUUGCCUUCUAUUGUCCAUGAAUUCCUGAGGCAAGCGAAGGCGGCUAAUUUGUGCAAGAAAUCAGUUUCCCUAUUUUCUGAAAGUUUACUUGAGUCGGAUUUCUCAAAAGCAUUUGGUGGAGUGGAGAGAUUGGAUAUGUUCUUCCCCUUUGAUCCGUAUUUACUGAAAGAAUCCGACAGCUUCAUAAGGCCCAACUUCAAGUUCUGGUCCUCAGUUAAGACAACAUAUAGCAAUUGCAACUCGGAAGAUGAAGAAGAUUAUGAGGACCUUGAUGUGCCAGAUUUUGCAGAGAUCGGGUGCUUCAGCGAGAACCAUAAAAUAGAAACUGACAGUGAUGAAGAUGAUGACGACGACAACGAUAAUGACAAUGAUCUUGAGUUAUCAAUGAACAAGAUGUCAAUAACCCCCAAACAUUACUUCAAUCCUCAUUUGAUGGGAAAGCAACAAUUCCCAGCUCGGAUGCCCGCAAGAAUUAGACCUUCUGUGAGUCCACCAUAACAAGCAUCAUUUUUGUGGCCCCAAUUCAAGCCCAAAAUCUGGGUAGUGGAUAGAUAAUGUAGUACACCAUAAUUUUUACCCCAAAAAUGCAUUUGUGGAGCAGGUGGGGCGGAGUAGUUAUUUGUUAAAUCGCAGCUCUGUUGUAAUAUAGAAAAACAAGAGGAUGCUCUAUCGAUCAUUAGAAUGAGAUGGAUAAAGCACCUUUUGUUUUCCCCCUCUUUUUUCUUUUUUUCAAUUUAAACAUAACUGUUGAUGUUCGAGGUUAACCACAAUUUAGGGGCUGCUGAUACAAUGGAUGAUUUUUAAAGUUAUGUUUCACAAGGUUUGCUGAUUUAA